GAACAACAUCACAUACUUGUCACUCUUUUGCUUUGUUCUCCCUGCAAACCACGCGCUCGCUCAGAAAGCUGCGAAAGCAUCUAACAAUAAGGAACAUUCACUCUGCAACACGGUCUUACUUCAGAGGCACAGCUUAGGAACCCAGAACCCUGUACAAAUAUCCUCUCAGUUCUACCCCAUCUACCUAUCUGCCAAUACCAACGCCAAAGCUCAGCGCAGCGCAGCGAACCACACCCUUGAUUCGCCCAGCAUGUCUUUACUACCAGCAGAGCGAGCUCAAUACUCUGCUAUUAUUGACAACAUCCUCAAUAAGGCCGACCUCACCACUAUUUCCCGUAAGAAGAUAAUGGCAGAAUUGGCAACUACUCUUGGCAAGGACUUAUCACACCAGAAAGAAGCUGUCAAAAGCUUGAUUCUCGAACGCUUUCAGAUAGCUGAAACCAAGGCGGUCAAACCUGCGCCAUCAACCGAAGCCUCUACAACGAAUGGCCAUACUAGUCCUUUGGAAAGGGAAGAUAUCAAUGUGAAGCAUGAAAGCACGCCUCCUAGCUCCCGCGAUGUCUCUACACCAUCUGCCUCUAUCACCAAGACAGAGCCCGACUCCGAUUCCGAAGAGGAGGCCGCUUCCCCAAAGAAGAAGCGGAAGGCAAACAAGCCCGUUGACGAUGAUGCGAAGCUAGCGGCGAUGCUGCAGGCGCAAGAGAAUAGGACUGCAAGAGCUACAAGAGGUGGCGCUAAUAAGAAAACUCCAAAGAAGGUUACCAAGAAGCCAAGGAAGAAGAGUGAGAAGAAGGUUAAGGCGGAUGAUGACAGUGAGUUGGAGGAGAUAGGCAGUGAUGGAGAGGUAAAGGAGAAGGUUAAGAAAGGUGGCUUUCACAAGCAGUAUCAUCUCUCUGCUCCACUCGCAGAUCUGGUUGGGGAAGCUACGCUUUCGAGACCUCAAGUCGUUAAGAAGAUAUGGGCAUACAUCAAAGAGCGAGAUCUUCAAGAUCCAAAGGACAGGCGCCAGAUUCUCUGCGACGAGAGACUGCAGUUGGUUUUCAAGCAAGACAAAGUUCAUAUGUUCACUAUGAACAAGAUACUUGGCAAACAACUUUACGACGUUGAAGAGUAGACACUGCGCACGCUCAGAAUCAGCUAUUGGUCACGACGGCGCAAAUCAUAUGGGAGGUGGGGAAAAUAUAUUGCAAUGGAUGGCGGUAUUCAUGGCAUGGCGUUAAUGAUAAUGCUUGUUGGUGCUGAUUUUACGAUCGAUGAGCUAGCGUGG